CACUCGCUGAAACGUGGGCUAGGUCUAUCCCUAUCCAUUUAAAAACUCCGCGCACUGAUCUACAGUUACCACUUACGUGUAAAUCUACUACUGGGCUAAAAUGUACAGUAAAAUACUUGUAACUUUACAGCACAAUCGGGGGUUUAUCUACAAUGUCGAAGAUUAUUUGAAAUUACGGUUUAAACACCGAAUCAUUGGAAAUCUUAUUGGGACACCUGUAUCCAAGCCACGCAAUGCCAGUAGUUUUGGUUUACCCGCCGUAUUAACAUCUUUUGAGAUAAAACUUGGAAUCGACGAAGGAAUUAUUGAGCUAAAAGACAAUGGUGCCUCACUGUCUCGGUGCCCGAGUGAGAUGGAGAAGCGCGAAUUCAAACUGUUAUGCUGGAGACAAGUCCACGAGCAGAAGGAACCUAUUAUUGAAAAAAGGAUGAACGAAUUCAAGAGAUGUUUACCAAAAAUCGUUGCAGGUAAACGUAAAAAGUUCCUCGAAAGCGGCAUUAAGGAAGAAGAUAUCUCUAUCGAUCAUACUCAGCUCAUUGAUGAAGAAAUUAAGAAACUUGAAGCUAUGGAUAUCGUCAAACUAGUUCAAAUCCCUCAGGAACACCCACUUGUAACUGAUCAUAGUUGCGUCGAGCAUAAUCUCAGCCAGAGUGAACUUUUGAAAUACAAAGUUUUUAAAGAUGUUUGGAAAAACCGCUUGGUUUGCAUAACUGGAGGAGACUCUUUUGGAUGCGAUUUUCUUUUGUAUCCUGGGGACCCUCUUUAUUAUCAUGCUUCCCACGUGGUUCAUGUGUUAAGAGACCCAACACUACGGUUAGAUGUAAAAUACCUCAUCCGCUGCUGUCGAUUAUCGGUGGUAGUCAAUAAAGUUUGUAUUUUUGCAUACGAAAAUCAUAGUGGAGAAAUAAGUUAUCAAACGAUGGAAUGGGAGGGAAACGAAAAAACUAAUGACGAUAAAUACAGUUUACAUGAAGCAAGUAUUUCUUUUUAAAAUUACUAUA